AUGCAACUUAAUGAUCUCUUGGAGACUCCAGCAUUCUGCAACAGAAACCUGAGUGAAAUUCACCAAGAAUUAAAUGUUCCAGUCCCUGAUCCUAUUAUAUUUAACAACAAACUAGAUAAUAGUCUUGACUCGCCACCACUUAAAAAAACAAAAUUGGAGGAUGGAAUAUCUAAGUAUGGAUGUGAAGGUGUAGGUGGUACAAGAGUAUUAUUGCUCCCAACAGGUAUAGUUCCAUGUAAUAAAGCACUUUGUGAACUUAUUAAUAUUGUUAAGCCUCACAUACGUCAACUUGUCGAGGAUGCAAAUUUGGUUAAAAUGUGGAUUUCUUACAUGAUUCCAAAAAUUGAAGAUGGUAAUAAUUUUGGAGUUUCUAUUCAAGAGGAAACUUUAGCAGAAGUAACAUCAGUCGAAAGUGAAGGAGCUGUAUUUUUCGAUCAGAUUUCAAGAUAUUUCAUUUCGAGGGGAAAAGUCGUUUCAAAGGUAGCAAAAUAUCCGCACAUUGAAGACUACAGAAGAUCAGUUUCCGAAUUGGAUGAAAAACAAUAUCUAAGCCUUUGGCUAGUUAUGUGCGAAAUAAGAAAUCGUUAUUGCACUUUACACGAUUUGGUCGUUAAAAACCUUGAAAAAAUUAAAAAACCUCGAUCUGAAAACGCACAAGCUCUUUAUUAA